AUGCCAAAAUCUAAAAAGAAGUCACUCAGAAAACUGAGGGAAGAAGACAGCCAACGGAAACAAAACUUUCCAUCAGUGUCUGCUGAGUGUCACAGCCUCCAUGGUUCAUCUGUAGUACAUAAAAACAAUGUUGGAACACCUCUUUCAGCCGUUGAUACACCCACGGCUUCUAAGAUUGCUGUUGAGGCUGGUUUCCCUACAAUACACGAAGAAUCAUUCCAUGGCCUUCAUCCAAGCAGUGUUCUCUCUGGAUCAGUUGAUAUACAAGUCCUUGACUACUAUUCUCAGCUGUUAAAAACUCAAUUUGGACUAACAUAUGGACUUAUUCCACCAUCUGCUGUGUAUCAGCUGCAGACCUCAAAAGAACAAAAAUCAUUGACUCAAAUUGUUUCCAAGAAUACUGCAAGUGUACAGAUGCAUUUCAUCGACAGUCAUUAUGUUGUGAAAGGUGUGAAUCCUAGUGACAUCACAAUAGAUCAGAGGACAAUACGAACACAUUUAAAACUUUGUCUAGAAAGUGGUGUAAUUUCUGAUUUCCCACAUAAAAGGAAUUUUAUGUCAACAUUGCUGUCUAACUACUUCCAUGAUCAUACUCAAAAGACAAGACAGAAGCAAAGACAGUUAAUGACAAGCACAACUCUUCCUUCCGAUUCUAACAUAACCGCACAAAAGACCCUGAAACAAAAGAAAUGGAGAAACAAACAAAAGCAAAACAACCCUGAACUUUUCAAACAGAAACAAGUCAUUGAACAGCAAAACAGACGUGAAAAACAUGUCAGUGCCAAUCCCAUAGCUGCCAAAAGCAAAAGGGCAAUGGAGCAAAGGCAGGCAAGAGAGAAACAAGCCAGUGUUGAUCCGAUAGCUGCUAAAAGCAAAAGGGCAAAAGAGCAAAAACGGGCCAGAGAGAAACUUGCCGCUAUCGAUCCGACAGCUGCCAAAUGCAACAGGGCAAAGGAGCAAAGGCGAGCAAGAGAUAAACUUGCCACUGCCAAUCCGAAAGCUGCCAGAAGCAAAAUGGCAUUACAGCAAAGACAAACCAGAGAGAAACUAGCCAGUGCCCAUCCGAUAGCUGCCAAAACCAAAAGGACAAAGGAGCAAAAACAGGCCAGAGAAAAACUAGCCAGUGCCCAUCCGAUAGCUGCCAAAACCAAAAGGGCAAAGGAGCAAAAACAGGCCAGAGAAAAACGAGCCAAAUCCGAUCCAAUAGCUGCCAAAACCAAAAGGGCGAUGGAGCAAAAACAGGCCAGAGAAAAACGAGCCAGUGCCGAUCCAAUAGCUGCCAAAACCAAAAGAGCGAUGGAGCAAAAACAGGCCAGAGAAAAACGAGCCAGUGCCGAUCCAAUAGCUGCCAAAACCAAAAGGGAGAUGGAGCAAAAGCGGUUAAGAGAAGCAUUAGCCAAUGCUGAUCCAAUAGCUGCCAAACGGAAAAGGGCGAACGAGCAAAAGCAGGCAAGAGACAAACUUGCCAGCGCUAAUUCUCAGAAAGCUAAACAGAAGAGGGCUGCAGAACAACAAACACACAGGGAGAGACAGAAGAAACAGCUUCAGGAUGCAUCAAGACAUUUCCUUAAUGAUAUUUAUCAGUUUCCAGAAUUUGUUUGUACUUGUUGCAGUCGAAUGAUGUACAAGAAAUCGGUAGUAUCUGUUCAUUCUGCGUCUUUUAAAGAAGCAGACCUGCAAUUUCUUAACAACUGUUUAUCACACGCUCUUUCUAUGGACAGCACAGAGUGGUUAUGUAAAACAUGUUUACGAUACAUAAAGCUGAAGAAAUUACCUCCUCAGACUGAUGAAAAUAACCUUAAAAUUCCACCGGCCCCUGAAGAAUUACAAGACCUUACAUCUUUGGAAGAAAGGCUCAUUGCACAGCAUUAUCCUUUCAUGAAACUCAUAGCCUUGCCAAAAGAAAGACAAAGUGCAAUCAAAGGUGUAGUUGUUAAUAUACCCUUGGAAGUUGAUACAGUUGUCAAGUCUUUACCUCGAACCCCAAAUCAAGCAGGGCUUCUCCCUUUUAAAUUGAAAAGAAAAAUAAAAUACAACGGACAUUACACUUUCCAGUACAUCAGACCAGAAAGAGUAAUGAAUGCCCUUCUUUGGCUCAAGGACAAUAAUCCUUUAUACAGAGAAAUACAGUUGAAAGACACAUGGCAACAGGAAUGUUUGAAUGAAGAUACUAAUACUUGGAAUGAAAUCACUGGAAAUGUAAAUAAUGAUGAAACAACAGACACCGAGUCUGUCCUUAGUGGUGAAAGUGAUGGUAAGAAACCUAUCAAAAUAUUAGAAGAUAAACAGUUUGAAGAAUUAAGCUUCCCAUCUUUAUUCCCGUCAGGAAAGUUUGGUUAUACGUAUGAACGACCAGUUAAGUUAUCAGCUAAGAAAUAUUUCCAGAGACGCAUUCUGAAAAAAGGGGGAAAGUUUGCUGCGAACAUAGAAUAUCUCUUCGUUGCUCAGUUCAUUACAGAAUGGCAGCAGAUCCUGUCUUCUAUGUCAGUAGCCCUUAGAAAGUCUUUAAUUGGUAACUGUGGAGAAAAUUACAGUGCAGGUUUUUUCAAGAAUGCUGACCAUAUCCGACCUUUACUGACCAAAGAUGAUGCCUACAGGUUUCUAAGUCCCAUACGAGGUAGUCCACCAUACUGGCAAAAGGUUAUGUCUGAGUUAAUGGCUGCUAUUAAGCAGUUUCAAAUAUUUACUUGGUUCCUAACACUGUCUGCAGCAGACAUGAGAUGGGAAGAUACAUUUACUGCUAUAGCAAGACAACAAGGUAGAAAACUUACCCGUGAACAGAUACUUGAAAUGACCUGGGAUGAGAGAUCGACACUUCUACGAUCAAAUCCUGCAACUGCUGCCAGGCAUUUCCACCACAAAGUUCAGGCUCUGUUUACAAAUAUUCUACUCUCCCAAGCUAAUACUCUUGGUAAAAUUACAAUAUAUUUCUACAGAAUUGAGUUCCAGCAGCGGGGUUCACCACAUGUUCAUGCCAUAUUGUGGGUUGAAAAUGCACCAAAACCUUCAGAUGACAGUGGAAAGAUCUCAAACUUUGUAGAACAAUACGUCAAGGCCAAUUUGCCAAAUGAAGAUGAAGAACUCCUGAAUUUGGUUGAGAGUCUUCAAACCCACACACAUACAGCUACAUGUAAAAAGAAAGGAGGAAGUUGCAGAUUUGGUUAUCCUAAGCCCAUUUCUGAUCUACUAAUCCUUUCUAGACCUGAUCCUGAUAAUGAUAAUCCUAAGAAACGGAGAGACGCUAUACAACUUCUCACUCAAGUUAAGGAAUUCCUAGAAGACGAAACUACUGAUAAAGACAAUUUCACCACAACAGAUAUACUUCAGAAAUGUGAACUGCCUGAAGUCCUUUAUUAUGAAGCUUUGAAAUCAGCUACAAAAACUGAGACAAUUUUCUUGCCACGCUGUCCUAGUGAAACCUGCAUCAAUAAUUAUAAUCCAGAUAUUCUCAGAUUAUGGAAAGCCAACAUGGAUUUACAGUAUGUAACUAGUCCAAAUGCAGCCAUUGCAUACAUAACAAGUUACAUUACUAAAGAUGAGCGUGAAGUUGGAGCCGUACUCCAGGCUGUCAGCAAAGAGAUGAAAUCACUAAAUAUAAAAGAACAGAUGAAAAAAGCUGCCUUCUCUUUUGCCAAUGCAAGGAACGUCAGUGCUCAAGAAGCUGCAUAUAGAAUUUUAGGCCUCCCUUUGUAUGUAUCCAACUUCACAACAGUAUGGAUACCCUCAGGAUUUCCAGAGAAACGAAUAAGAAUCUUGAAGCCUAAUCAGUUUCUACAGUCACUGGAUGAUGAUGAUGAGUACAUUUUUUGCACCAACAUUAUUGAUAGAUACUCUGCAAGGCCUGCAGAACAACUUGAACACAUGUGCCUAGCUGAAUUCGCCAUGUGGUAUCAGGUUCAGUCUAAAGACACUUCACAAGAUGAAACUGAUACAGAUCAAUUUCCACAGAAUGCAAAUGGCGACGAAGCCUCUGAUGAAAUCCUUCAACCUGUAGAUACUCUGCACACAAAUCCUAAUAACCAAACAGUGAUCACACGUUAUGGUAAAAUGAAACGACGAGCUCACCCAGCUGUAAGAUACCAUCAGUGUUCUCAGAGUAAAGAUCCAGACCUAUAUUCUUACAAUCGUAUGCUUUUGUUCAUGCCUUGGAAAGACGAGAAGACAGAUUUGCUAGCAAAUUUCCCCACAUACACUGAACAUUAUGAAUCUAGAAAGAACCAGAUUGAAGACACUUUCUCUACUUUAAUGAGAUUUGAAGAUAUUGUUGAACAAGCCAUUACUCAGAUUCAAGACCAAGGACCUCUACAGCAUGCAUGGGAUCAAAUUGCACCUGAAACUGAGCACACGCAAGCAGAUCUUGUUGAAGAAGGCUAUGUGUCAGAUGAAGACUUUGCCAUACUGAAUCCCGAUGUAAAUCCUACCUCUGUAUUUACAGGAACACAUGACCCAUCUUCUAUACCUGUAUCAACAGUUGAAGUGAUACCUGAUCUUCUCAAUGAGAUAGACUAUAGAAAACUAGUGCAGUCAUUGAAUUUCGAACAACGCUCUGUUUUUCAGUGUGUUUUAGAAUGGUGCCACAAAAUACUUCUACCCACAGACAACUCUGUUGACCCAUUACAUAUCUUUGUAACAGGUGGAGCAGGUACUGGCAAGUCACACUUGAUUAAAGCUAUUCACAAUAUGGUUUGCCGAGAACUUAAAGUCCCUGGUAAUGAACCUAGCAAACCAACAAUACUACUAAUGGCCCCCACUGGUACUGCAGCAUUUAACAUCGGUGGAUGUACUGUACACUCUUCCUUUCUUCUGCCCACAAAAAUUACAGAGAUAUACAGAAAACUGUCAGAUUCUACCUGCAACCAGUUAAGAGUUCAACUCUGUCAACUCAAAGUAGUUGUUAUUGAUGAAAUCUCAAUGGUCAGCUUGAAAGCAUUCAAUUACAUUGACAAACGCCUGCAACAAAUCAAAGAUUCAAGUCAACCAUUUGGUGGUAUAUCUGUCAUAGCUGUCGGAGACUUGUACCAGCUGAGACCUUUUGGUAAAUAUGUAUUUGACAGCUUUUCUGACAUCAUGCAAAACCUUGCAGGAUUAACAUGGCAGGAGCUUUUUACCAUAUUUGAACUGAAACAGAUCAUGCGUCAGAAAGAUGAUAUUGAAUUUGCCUCCCUCUUAAACAGACUGAGAACAGGACAGCACACUUCUGCGGAUAUCCAGACAUUACAAGCAAGAAACAUAGAUACUACAGAUUCACAAUAUAAUCCAGAUGCACUACAUAUAUUUUCUCGAAAUAAACGUUCAGAUGCCCACAAUAACGACAGAUUAAAGGAAUUACAACAACCUAUCAUAUCCAUGACAAGGAGAGAAAGACGACCUGCAGCUUUGAAAGAUUUCAUUGUGCCUGACAAUCCAACACACACUGGAGAAAUAAGUAAAACCAUAGAACUGUGCAAAGACGCAAGAGUGAUGAUCAUAAGAAAUAUUGAUGUUACUGACGGUUUAGUGAAUGGUGCGCAGGGUACUAUUGUUGACUUCUUGCCUAACUCUAAUCAAGUUCAAGCUAUUCUUGUAAAGUUUGACAAAGAAACUGUUGGCCAGGCAGCCAGGCAAUCAUUCCCAAUUAACUUAUCGUCUUAUCCUCGUAUCGUAAUCCCCGUCAAGCGAGUAGAUGUUUCAUUUUCUCCGACACCAAACAAACCUGGACCAGAAAUCACUUGGACCCAGUUCCCAAUACGACUAUCAUUUUCAUGUACAAUCCAUAAAGUACAGGGAUUAUCCGUAGAUCAACUGGUUGUAUCAUUUGAAGACCCAUUUCAGGGUGGUCAAGCAUAUGUUGCUCUCAGUCGUUGUAGGACUCUUCAAGGCAUGCAGCUGCUUCAUUUUGACCCUGCAAAAAUCAAGAUAUGUAAACUAGUACAGAAAGAAAUGGAUAGACUUCGACUAAAUAAGAAGCUUCCAAAUCCGUGCAAUGUUCUUCAAGAACCGCUUGUACCAGUUCCGCAACUACAUCACGCAGAGGCAUUAAGCGUGUGCAUAGCGCCUACAACUACGCCUUUAACCAUUAUAUUGAUAUAUAGGUCUCCAUCUGUGAAAUGGAGAGAAUUUCACUACGAUCUAACCAGUCUAUUAGACUCUCUAAAUGGUGUACAGAAUACUAUCAUUCUCGGUGAUUUCAAUGAAGAUGCUCUUUCUCGUGAAAGUCAGAGAGCUUCAGUCCUGUUAGAGAGAUAUGGUUUUGUCAUGACAGUACGCGAGACAACACAUACGCUUGGUGUCUGCUUGGAUCACAUCUACCUAUCGCCAGAUUUAUCAAAACGAUACACAUCGUGUUCCUUCCAUCCUGUCUACUAUUCUGACCACUUCUAUGGCAACCUCCACUUGCAAUGGUACUGUUAG